UUGCAUAUACCCAGGCUAUGGUAUAAACAGAAGAUGAGGAAGUGAUAAGGAAAUUAAGGAAAUGGGUGCAGCUUAAAUAGCAGUGAUUAAUCCACCUAGACUCAGCUAGUCUGUCAGCUUGUAGUACUUGCAGAUGUGACCUAUUGGCAGUACAGGCAAAUGCAUUUGAGCUCAGUAAGACCCAACUCAUUUGGAGAACCUUUAUGACCAUGGCAAGACAGUGACCAGGAUCCUGCCAAACCAGCCUCUGCUAGAGCUAUUCAAUGUGCUAAGGGCACGUCUGGAGAAGAGGUGUAUGUGAGAGGCUGUAAUAUAUUGGCAGAGGUGUGCUGGCGUCGAGGGCCCUUCUCUGUUUCAGCUUGCCAUCAUCUACACAACAAUCCGACCCAGGAGGAACCCGUCUCCGUGGGACCCAAUGCCGUACAGGUUGGAGUUGACAUCCAUUGUUUUGUUUCUUGUAGUCGAGCACCAGUAAAAGACAAUGGACUGCAAGUAAACUAUCAGAUAAGGCAGAACAAAUUAACUUUUGCAAAGCAAAACUGCUCUAUAUUAUGGAAAGAAAAUACUGUAUUGAGUAUUAUUAUAGGUAAUGAAAACGGGAUUAACUUUUCCAUUUCAUUGUAAUUGUCAACAACUGGCAAAUUAGACAAAGUCUGUGGAAAAAAAGAAUAAAUCUUUUUAAAAAAAGAGUUAAGGAUCUGGAAAAUAAAUGAUAAAGGCCACCUCCAAUCAGAACCGUCCCCUCCUCCCAAGCUUUGACCAAUCUUGGGACACAUGUAAAAACCCUGUCUCCCAUCUCCGUCUCAACACGUUUGACUUUUCUGAUCUAUGGGAUGAAGAGGACCUAAGACUAGAUACUCCUGAGGGAGAUGGAGGACUUGCAGGGACACAUACCUGUCAAAUCAAUGCAGACGUUAGGAAAUCUAUUCCUGCCCCGCCACCACUUGCUCCUCCUUUGCCCCCAUCAAUGCUGUUGGAUUGCCCAAGCCCUGAUAAAGGACGAACUCUAAGACUCCACUGGAGGGCUCUCCAGUCUCUGCCUGUGCUUCCCAAGGUCAGUCGCUUUGGCACCCAGACCAUCUGGGCAGGGUUGGAACCAGUCAACUUGGAUACAAAGAAACUGGAGUAUCUGUUUGAUAGCAAAAAAAACAACACCAAUGGAUGUAGGGUGAGAAAACAGCAGAAGCACAAGUGUAUCACGGUACUAGGAGUGAAGCGUAGUAACAUCAUCACUAUCGCCCUCAGCAGUCUCCCACCUCCUCGCUUGCUGCCCCCUGCCAUAAUGAGUAUGGACUGCUGUGUGCUAGACAGAGAGGACCUGCAGAAACUGCAGACUCUGAUCCCAUCAGAAGAAGAGUUGUGCUCGAUUAGAGAUGCCCAGGCCCAAUUUCCAGACUCUGUUUUGGGCCCAGCAGAGGACUGUCUCCUCACGUUGGGUAGAAUUCCCCAUCUAAGUCAGAGACUUCAACUUUGGGCUUUCGCUUUGGAUUAUGACAGUUUGGAGAGAGAAAUUGCUGAACCUCUCUUCUAUCUGAAGUUAGCUAUGGAGCAGCUAACAGCCAGUCACACGUUCCGCUGUAUCCUGGCAACGGUGUUAGCGAUUGGCAACUUUCUCAAUGGGUGCAAGGCCAGUGGUUUUGAGCUGAGUUACCUGGGUAAGCUGUCUCAGGUGAGAGACACGCACAGCCGCCAACCACUGUUGCACCACGUUUGCGUGUUGCUGCUGCAGCUUUACCCACAGUCCUCCGACUUCUAUUCUGACAUCAUGGCCGUGAUGCGCGUCAGUAAGUGUGACUACAGUCAGGUGCAAUCUAACCUCACACAGCUGCAGUCUUGCUGCAAGGCAUCAUGGGAACAGCUGCACAUGCUAGAGCGGGAUAAAGGGAAGGAACUUUGGGGAGAAAAUGCAGGGAGUUCCCUCAGAAAGCGCCUCCCUAGGAUUUUGAAGGAAUGUGAGGAGAGACUGAAUGUGCUGAAAGCUGUCCAUCGAAGAGUCAUCAAUAGGUUCCACUCCUUCUUGCUGUUCCUGGGAUAUCCACGCUGUACCGUGAAGGAGACUAGCCCUGAGGUCUUUUGUAAAACUGUCAGCAACUUUGCCCUGGAGUACCGGACGUCCCUUCAAGCCAUUGUCAGGGUGAAGGAAAGAGAAAAUGAAAGGGAGAGAGAAACGACUACUUCUGCUCCACUGUGUACCCAGCCACAGGAGUGUCUAGAGCAUUGCAAACUUCAGGAGGUCCUGAGAACACCUGAGUCUACGCUACACCGAGACCCUAGCCUACCCCGCUCCCGCAGAAAGAAAGGCCAAGCGUCUACCAAGCUGAAGUGACAAUGACUGAUGUGUCUCCUUCUCUUCACUCCCCAAACUUACCUGAUUGUGGAUCACAUGAUACAUCAGCUGACCGGAAGCUGAGCUUUCUUUAAUAGCAUCCAAAUGUAGCUGGCUAGUGGGCCCGUUACCAUGGCCUGAGAACUCUACCUCCACAUGGGCCAAGCAAAAGUCACAUGCUGUACAACACCUAUGCUAUGCUUCCUGAAGACUUCAGUAGGCACAUUCCCCUUAACUUUAAAUAUCACGGCAGCAUAUGUACUCAACACAGUUCUAGUAGUAUAUUUAGAUCACAUUUAGUUGCUUAACAGAUGCUUUUUAUCCAAAGUUCCUCAAAUUUCAAUAAAGAUGGAUAUUUUGCUAAUGAA